UUGUUAUUAAAUGUCACCACCCUUUAUGCGCAGCCUAUUACGGCUUGACGCAUACAACACACAAACAACAACAACAACACGUACGCUCCUCUCUGGUCGUGAUCCCUUCGCGUGCAAACCCCCCAAAUGUUCUCCUAAAAGUAGGCGGUAAUUAUUAGCGGAAAAUGGCGUAGCGCGAGUCGCCGAGGCGCUACGUACUAUUGGAGGGGCACCUGGGAUUGAUGAGGCGCCGUGGCCAAUGAGACUGCGAGGCAAGAAUAAACGGGCUCCAGUUAAAGGGGGCGGAAGAGGAGGUAGAGCCAGUCCACGGAGAAACAGGGACCCUCUGCGAUAAGCACGGGCGAGCCAGAGAAAUAAACACAGCCCCAAUCGGAACAGCGAUUUUUGUGAGAUGUUCCAUCUACUCUCGCUCUGUGAAUGCAGAGGACACACAGUAAGAUAAUAAUUUAAUUUUUCCAGUGCGCUUUAACGCGACCAACUGUCGCGUUCGAGGAGAGGACACAAGGAAAGUCUUCACUUCGUUACAUUUGGAUUCUUCCACUCACAAAUUUAGUAGAAAUACAUCUUGACAAAUCGAGCAGUUUUUUUUUCUUCCCUCAUGAGCGGAGCAGCGUUUUGACUCGCGCCUGAUAUGGUGUUUCCACGGCUGGAAGUUGAACCGUUGCGCGCCAGCAUCGACGUUUGAUUUUUUUUCCCCGCAACUUAUUCGCCGCAGCUCCGAGCGCUUUCGCUUUCAAGAGCCAGUUUUGCAACCGAAGAGCCAUGCUGCUGGACGCCGGUCACCAGUUCCCCGGACUGGGAGUGGGUUCGUUCGCCCGGCAUCACUCGGCGAGCGAGAUGCAGGAGAGAGACUUGAGUUUGGCACAGAACAGCUUCGUGGACUCGGCGCACAUGGGUGCGUUCAAGCUGAACCACGAGCUCUCGCCGGGACAGAGCUCUGCCUUCAGCACCCAGGCGCCGGGCUACCCCGCUGCGGCUCUGGGGGCUCACGCGGCCCAUGUCACGUCGUACGCGAGCUCCCCUUUCAACUCCAGGGACUUUCUCUUUCGCAGUCGUGGCUUCGGCGAGUCUUCUCCGGCGGGCGGCCAGCACACUAUUUUUGGCCCCACGGCGGGAUCCCUUCAUCACUCCCACACAGACGCUCAAGGCCACAUUCUGUUCCCUGGGAUCCACGACCAGCAUGGGUCCCACGGAUCCCCGAAUGUCCUGAACGGACAAAUGAGGCUGGGACUACCUGGAGAGGUUUUUGGACGCUCCGACCAGUACCACCAGGUUUCCAGCCCGAGGACCGACCCGUACUCGGCGGCGCAGCUGCACAACCAGUACGGCUCCAUGAACAUGAAUAUGGGGAUGAACAUGGCAGCGCAUGCCCACCCCGGUGCCUUUUUCCGCUACAUGCGACAGCAGUGCAUUAAGCAGGAGCUCAUCUGCAAGUGGAUCGACCCCGAGCAGCUCAGCAACCCGAAGAAGUGCUGCAACAAAACUUUUAGCACCAUGCACGAGUUGGUGACGCACGUCUCGGUGGAGCACGUCGGCGGCCCGGAGCAGACGAACCACAUCUGCUUCUGGGAGGACUGCGCACGGGAGAGCAAACCGUUCAAGGCGAAAUACAAACUGGUGAACCACAUUCGAGUGCACACCGGGGAGAAGCCGUUUCCGUGCCCGUUCCCCGGCUGCGGGAAGGUCUUCGCACGCUCGGAAAACCUGAAGAUACACAAGAGAACGCACACAGGAGAGAAGCCGUUUCAGUGCGAGUUCGAAGGCUGCGACAGGAGGUUCGCAAACAGCAGCGACCGAAAGAAGCACAUGCACGUUCACACGUCAGACAAGCCUUACCUGUGCAAAAUGUGUGACAAGUCCUACACGCACCCCAGCUCCCUCAGAAAACACAUGAAGGUCCAUGAAUCCUCUCCAUCAGCAUCAGACUCAUCGCCAGCAGCCAGCUCUGGGUACGAGUCCUCCACGCCUCCGGGCCUGGUGUCUCCCACCGCUGAGACCCAAAGCAACACCACCCUGUCCCCAGCCUCAGCCGUGCACAACCCCACCAGCCACAGUGGCCUAUCCUCCAAUUUCAGUGAAUGGUAUGUGUAGGACUAAGCUGAAAUAAAGCCACACACACUCAUUUGACAGCACUGGGCCAUCCAGCAGGAGAGUGGGACACGUGCAUACCUGAGGCACACAAACAUUUGUUCUGUGUCUUUUUGUUUUUCAUAUUUUCCAUCCACCAGGGAAGAUGACUAUAACCAACAGAGGAAAAUGUGUAUAAUAGUCGAGGUGUAUUUCAUAUUGUAAAUAAUUACUAAAAGCCCACUUUCCCAUUGGUUGUGAUAGUUGUCAGUCUUUGCUGUCUAGGUGUUCCUUCAACGGUAGCUAUUUCUCUAACUGGACUUUUAGUGCACAUAUUACCAUACAAUUGUACUAUAAUGUUGAAUAUUGUGAUCCUAAGGCGACUGAUUGUACCAUACUAAACAUCUAUAAACUGGAAAGCGUGCCAAAGUUAACAUUUAACUCAAACAGACCACAAUAUUCUGCUUGUGAAUGUAUAUUUUAGUUUGCUGGGCUUAACUUGUGAUGUUUUGUGCUUUGCAAGUUUGAAUUGUGACAAAAACUAUCUGGAGGAUUGUGAGGAAAAAUAAACGUUGUGCCGUUCAAUUUUCUGUAACUACACCCUUCCUUUUGUAAAUAUCAACUGCCAUAUUUAUCCAUUUGUAAUUAAAUUAUGGUAUUUACUUGCUACAGAUGAAACAGUAUUUAUAAAGAAUGUUUCUUUACUAUAAAUAUGUACAAUUUUGAGCUUAACAUGGGCAGUUGUUUCGUUAUGUGCUUUUGUUCAAAGUUUUAAGAGGUGUUCCCUUCCUUAUUGUGAUAAGAAUUUUACUGCAUACAAAUACAAUAAAAGGUGUUGCAAGUGCUAAAUA